ACAUACUACUAACCUAGGUAGGUACUUACUUAAGGUAGGAGGAUACCUGCCUCCUACUAUGUAGGUAUGUACUGCUAUGUAAGUACCCUGACCCAGAUUAGACAGAUGUGAUAUGAGCCGCAUCGCUUAUCAUUCCUCUCGUUUCGUUUUUAUUCUAUUCAUCUUCCUCACCUUAUAAUAGAUCUUUGUAUAGCCGAUGUUGACACCACUUGCACCUUAAUUCAACGAAUGCCUACAUACUUGCUUCCAAACACGGAUUUCCCAAAUGAGCUCCCCGCAACUCUUAGACGCCUCGGGCGAUCUCCAACACAACCCUGAAACUGACCGUGAAGCUGCGGAUGACCACAUGCCACUUCUGGAAGGACAUUUUUCGCCGACCAGCAAAAGCUCGCGACUGCUAUUGCUUGCUGGCCCGGCUCUGUUGCUAAUUACUUUUGUGAAUACAAUAGAUCUAUCUUACGUAGCAGCCAACUACAGCCGAAGCAUUGCCGAUGAUCUGAAUCAAGUUGGAAAUGCAAGUUGGCUGGUAACGGGUUAUCUCAUUACUGAGUCGGCUUUUCAGCCCAUGUAUGCUCAGCUAAGCUCUUAUCAUGGACACAAGAUGUCCCUGGUGGCUGCGGCCUUGUUCACGACAUUUGGACUAUUUUUAUGCUCCCUCAGUCAGAAUCUAUGGCAACUAGCAAUAUCUCGAGCUUUUGUUGGGCUCGGUGCCGCGGGCCUAGAUUUGCUCGUUUUGAUCAUUAUUAAUGAUCUGGUUGACCUUUACUCUCUACCCCUAUGGAGGACCGUAGUUACUGUCGUAUCGACUGUGGCUUCUUUCCUCGGGCCCUCUAUCGGGGCCGUGAUCACAGAUGCUACCAACUUUCGGUUUGUAUUCGGACUAGAGUUUAUAUUGAUGCUCGUCGGGACCAUCGGCAUAAUUCUCACUCUCAGACCACCAAGGUCCAAUUUGAAAAGAGUCUCCGCCCCCAAAAGCCCCAGACAGUCUAUGGACUACGUUGGGGCGGGGCUUCUGUUGCUUGCCGUUGCCGCUUCACUGCUCACUCUUGAUCUAGGUGGACAGGUUAUACCUUGGAGCCACCCGGUGAUGAUCUUUCUCUAUAUUGCGACCCCAGCCCUCACUGGGUUAUUUUUCUACUCGCAAAUCCACCGCAAGGGCCAUGUUCUCGUACCAUUACGGUUUCUCCGGAAGAAGUCCGUAGUUGUCGUCUUUGCCUGUGGAUUGCCCGCCUGGCUUUCUUGGGAUCAGCUUAAAUACGGACUUGGGCAAUAUGUUCAAGCGCGGUCCAUGAGUACAGGCUCUACGUCUGCGUUCUCCGACUGGGCUUUGAGUUGUGUUUUCUUGGGGAUACCGCUAGGAAGCUUCAUCAGUGGCGUAAUAAUUCGAAGAUACCGGGCGCUCAAACCACUGCUGCGCUUUGUAGCUGUUCUCAACCUAUUAACUUAUCUGUGCUUUACUGCAGGCUGGAUCCAUCCGGAAAACCCAGCAUUCACACCUGUCCUUCUCCUGGUAGGACUCAAUGUGGGUGUACUCGAUUCUUGUUGGCUGGUCUCUAUUUUUUCCCAGGCUAGCCCUCAAGACCAGCCCUCUCUUUACGCCUUCUUUGAUUUAGGGCGCGCCAAUACGGGGAAUUUCGGUAUAGCUGUUGCAUUAGCGUCGACCAAUGCCAUGAUUCGGUCCAGCCUUGAAUCUGGAAUGAUGGGCUACCCUAAUAAGGAAGAGAUCAUUCGCAAAAGUCUUGAAAGCUUCAGCGCUAUCCGCGAGUUUCCUCCAGAAGUUCAGCGCAUCGUUCUAAACGCGUACAUAUCGUCAAGCGAGAAAGCAUUUGGAAUUUCCUGUUGUGUCCUGAUUAUUAGCGUUAUUGCUGCGUUCUAUAUUCCGGAAGUGGAACAUGUGGACGAGGUUUGUCAGGACGAUAGAAUAGAUUAGUCGCCAUACUGCCAUAGUCUAAGACUGGCAUGUAAGUACUGAUUUAGUUGUCAUGUAAUUGCGAAGCAUGUUCCAUUGGGUGGGUAACUUCGCCCCAUGUUUUCACCAAAAAGCGCGGCUGGCUUGGUGAUAGGGUUUCUUUCAAUGAUUCUGUCUGUAUUAGGCUGCACAAUACUUGGUCUUGUUCUACCAAUGUAAGAUAACUAGGAAGCAUCUUAAGUUCCGUGUCGGUUUGGACUUUGGCGACUGGAGAUUAUCCACCCAGUCUUCUUUUACCUCUGGCCUCCCGAGUGUUAUUGUACCACCUGGGUAGUUUGGAUUAUUAUCUCGAUACUUCCUUUCGAAGCAUAACGCCAGCGGGUGGUGAGACCGCCGAGCAACAAAGCAACAAUAUGCUUCAAGGGGGAUAGCCAAAGACGAAAUUACUAGUAUCUACCUUAGGUACCCUAGGUAGGCAUAUUUCAUUAAGAUUAGGCAGGAUAUACCUACAUAGGAACAGACAU